AUGAAACUUAAUAAAAAGUGCUCAUCUAUACUAUUAGGCUUACUUAGAGUAAAUAGUGGAUGUAUUAAAUCUAGUUUACUACUCUCAAAACGCUUCUACUCAUAUAGUUUGGGAAUAAAACCAAAAUUCAAUUUAGUCCGUACAAUAUAUGAGGACCCUCGAAUUGUAGCAUAUGAGCUCCCAGAUGUUAAAGAUUACUUACUUAAAAAGAAUUUCCAUCACUCUAAUCCUUAUAGAGAUAUUCCAAUUUCAAGUAUUAUUUUAACACCAGAUGAAAUUAAAGAAUUUAAAGAUUCCAUUAGCAAUAUAUCCAUAAAUACAAAAUCUCGAAAUACAGUUUACGAUUAUGAACUAAACUUUUCUAUCUUGGAAAAUGGGUUAAAGAUUGUAAGCUCAGAUUGUGGAGAGUUUGUAUCAAAAUUAAGCUUGUAUAUACAUGCUGGAAGUAGAUUUGAGACCUCAGAAACUCAGGGAGUAUCCCAUUUUCUACAACUUAUGGCUUUCAAAUCUACAGAGUACUUAUCGUACUUACAGACUAUAAGAACAUUAGAGAUAUUGGGGGCUAAUGCAGGAAGUAAUGCAAAUAGGGAACAUAUCGUAUACAAUGUAGAAUGCCUUAGAGAAUACUCUUCUAUAAUGAUACCUUUACUUAUUGGAAAUAUUUCAAGCCCAAGAUUUUUGAGACAUGAAAUAAGGGAUGCACGAGGUCUUGUUGAAAAUUUUGCACUAACACUAAAUAGAGAUCCUGAAACUUUAAUAACAGAGAUGAUGCAUACUGUAGCAUGGAACAACACUCUUGGAAAUCAAAUAUUUGCUUCAGAAUCUUCUUUACAGCACUUUAAUGAAAAAAUUAUGAGGAGUUUUAUGCAAUCCUAUUUUAUACCAGAGAGGAUGAUUUUUGUGGGUACGGGCAUUGAACACAAUAUUUUAUGCAAAUGGGUUAUGAGGUCGUUUACCAACUACACUACAAAAUUCCAAAUUCAAAAAACUAGACCUAUAAGUAAUAUUAAACCAAAUUAUACUGGUGGAGAGUGGAGAAAAGAAUCUAACGAUUUUUUGACUCAUAUCGCAAUAGCUUUAGAAACUUCAUGUGGAUGGACUAGUAAAGAUAUUGUUCCAUUAUAUAUACUACAAGCUUACAUGGGUGGUGGUGGAUCCUUUAGUACAGGAGGACCUGGGAAAGGAAUGUACACUAAGUUAUUUUUGGAUGUACUAAAUAGAUAUGAAUGGGUAGAAACAUGUAACUGUUUUGUAAAUCAGUACAGUGACUCUGGCUUGUUUGGAAUAUAUAUUUCUGUAGAUCCACAAAGAACAAUAGAUGCCCUUUAUGUUAUAAGUAAGGAACUUAAUCAGAUGAAAAAUUUAGAUUCUGAAGAGCUACAAAGGGCUAAAAAUGCCAUCAAAGGAGCUAUUUCAAUCAAUUCGGAAAAUAGAUCUAUUGCUAUGGAUGAUAUUGCGAAACAGUUGUUGUGCACAAAUGAAUAUAUCAGUACAGAAGCUUUUUGUAAAGCAGUAGAUACUGUUACAAAAGAAGAUAUUGUUAGAAUCUCUGAAUUUAUCCUUAGAUCUAUUGACAAACCAACCCUGGUAAUCUAUGGCAAUACUAAUUAUGCUCCUACGUACCGAGAAAUUGUUCAUAUAUUACAAGGAAAGUCAGUGUAG